GUGAUCGUUUGCCGCGGUCGAGCCAGAAGGCGUUUCGUUACGCCAUUGUUGUAUGGGACAGCGCUCGAGGCGCGCACCGGGCCUGGGGACGCUCCACGCCGUCUUACCGUUUUUCACCAACUCCAUUGCUGUGAUAUUAGAUUGUUUUAUAUCUCCUUACUGGAAACGAGGGAACGAAGACAGAACUACCAUGGAGGACGACCAGCAGUUCUGCCUCAGGUGGAACAACCACCAGAGCACGCUCGUACAAAAUUUCGACACACUCCUCGAAAGCGGGACGCUGGUUGACUGUACCCUGGCAGCGGAAGGUAGAUACCUUAAGGCCCACAAGGUAGUUCUAUCGGCGUGCAGUCCAUACUUUGAGGGCCUCCUCAGCGAACACUAUGACAAGCAUCCAAUCUUCAUACUUAAAGAUGUUACGUUUAAUGAACUUAAGGCAAUGAUGGAUUACAUGUAUAGGGGGGAAGUAAAUAUUGGUCAAGACCAAUUGACACCUCUUCUCAAAGCCGCUGAGUCUCUGCAAAUUAGGGGUCUUUCCGAUAAUAGAACGGGUGAAAGUAGGAAGGCAGACUCCAGGCCACAGAAAACCGUCUCACAACCGACAGCACCGUCGUUAGACAUUCCACACACGUCUUCCGGUCUGACGAUAGAAAAGAACAGAGUUCCUAGGCAGAGUAUGGCACAAGGUACCGUGGGGGAUUUACCGGAGGACACGGCCAGUCCGCAAGUUUCGAAAGGGAUCUCCUCGAGGGAAGGAUCUCAAAGUCCUAUACUAAGAAAAAGGAAGAGGCUUCGGAGAAGAAGCGCAGGCGAAGAUACAACAACAGAAAGCCAAGAUGCUUCGAAUUCGAGCGAUAUGCCCCAGCAAAUGGGUGGCCCGUCGCUUGGAAUCACGCCUGUAGCGGAGGAGAGAGUACACGCAGACCCAACUGACUCUCUCGGCAGGUCAGCUCUGAUGACACAGCUAACGAAGCCCGCCGACGAGAUGCUGCAGCUGCCACUUGAAAAACCCGAGCCAAGCGAUAAUCUCGUCGAGCCAAAGUCUGAAUACCUCGAGGAGACCGAGGAGGGCGUCGAAGAUUUGACGCUAGAUGAUGAUAUGAACGAUCUUAACGAGAUGGAGCAGGACAACAAUCGAGCUGGACCGUCCCACGACUCCUCCCAGCAUCCUGCAGGCCUUGGGGCGUGGCAUGUUACUGGUGACCGAAGUAACGCGGGAGGUGUCGUGGGGUCUGUUGGUGGAGCUCCAGGAUCCGCGGAUGAAGUGUUUCUCGCAGCCCAGGAGGCUGUUCAGGCCCAUCGCGACUCUCAAGAUGCGCCCCUCUUUCCGAUCGUGAGGCCGCGACUGCACGUCUGCCCCCGCUGCGGCCAGAUGUACUCGUGGGCGUCGAACCUGCGGAAGCACCUGAAGAUGGGCUGCGGUAUGGUCACCUUCGAGACGCACUUUUCCUGCCAAUACUGCCCGUACAGAUCGAGGAUCGAGGCGAGCUUCCUCAAGCACCUGCUCUCGGUGCACAACAUCAAGUAGGCGACGCGCUGAGAGAGCGCGACCCUCCGGCGUGAUGCUCGUCGAACCUCGACGUCUUCGAUUCUUCCGCGCAACGUUUUCGCUCUAUGACCGCGGGCAGCGAGUGAUCUCGAGGUUCUCGUGGCUGAGGUCGAUGUCGGUCACACACGCGCUAGACGGAGCUCUCGCUCGGUCUAAUCGCGUCCCCUCGUCGGAAAUAGUCCUUCGACGCGUGCUCCUUGGUAACUGUUAGGCCACUCGAUUAGUCGGGUAAUAUCAGUAGGGCCCGAUCGACAAUCGAUGAUGUCUAAUCUGUAGCCUUCUGCUCUGAGCCCUACAACUUUUGGCAACAGAAAGCGUUCUCUGUUUUCUGCGUUGCCUUGCAACUGAAAUCUAACCUCGCUUAGAGCUCAAGGAUUACGGCUUCAGGCAACAGCGGGAGAUUCUUUUAACCAAAAAUUAUGUUGAGUGUUUGGGGUUUAGAGCAAAAGCCUGAGGGCUGACUGCAUCCAUUGUGUUAUGGGCCUAAAGACUUUCACUUUCACGCGAGUUACCGGAAUUCUGAACAUAAGGCGUAAAUUUCAGUUGAACAAGUAGUCAGGAUAUUGCUUUUGGAUCGUUCUAUUUAGAAGAAGAAGAAUAAAAUGGUAACUGGGUUUCAGAUUGAAUAACUCAACCCAUCGAAUCCAGUUCUAUCUUUUAGACUGCACCUGCCAAAGUAACAUCCUGACUGGUUCUUCAGCUUCAGUUUAUGUCUUAUAUGCAUGGUUACGGUAAUUUAUGUACGAAAGUCCUGAGUCCUGCAGAAAACGUCCUCAUAUAGCGUGCAAUGCUAACCGUUCGUAUUCGACGGAAAGUUCGUGCGAUCAAGCGAAAAUUGCUUGCCAAGGAAGGAAAGGAAGCGGAAGAAAAAACAAUAGCUCGCACGACGCACUAACCGACGGGCGAUUAUGUACAGCAUUUACGUCUGAUUGCUUUUAAAACUGUCAAAGUAACGACUUUCGAAAACGUAAGACGCCGUAUUGUUAUAAUAUGACACAUCAUAUCAAUGACUCGUAUGAUCUAAGUGUCGUACCGUAGACUUCGCGUGACGUCGUCGUCGUCGUCGCCGUCGUCGUCGUCGCCGUCGUCGUUGGCGUUCCAGAUUCUCCAAGAGCGAUCUGCGACUGUUUUAGCUUAUAAGUUUGCACUCGUCGCGUUUGUCGAUUUUUUUCAGAUUCUCUCUCUUCUCUCUCCCCUUCCUCUCUUCCCAUCUUCCCUGCCCCUAUUAUAUCUCUCUCCAAUUAUUAUUUCUCCGUUCUCUGUAUUAUUAUUCUGAGUCGUAAGUGAGAGAAAGUUUGGUAUUCUUGUUCUCUUUUGUUUGCAGAAAUCUUGAGGAUCGAGGAACUAAAUUUGUAGAUUAUAAUUAAGCUUAAUUGAACGAACAAAAUCUAGUCUAAAGGCUGUUUCUUUCGUAAGAUUUCAGGCGAACCGGUUUUGCUUUUUUUUCCAGUUGCGGUUCGAAGAUAAUGAGAUAUAUCGAUAUUCUUUUUUAUACUUUAACACACAAGGUGUGCUUUACGUUUGUAGGAUUUUUCUCUUGAUACCGACUAAAACGUACGAUUGUAAGUAUAACAAAGACCUACAAAAUUUGACUUUCUGAAAGUUGCAAGAACAAAUGCACCGAUUUCUCUUAGAUUUUUGGAUCUUGAAAAUGAACCUGUGUCCUUCAAAUGGCUCCAUCACAGCAGAUUUGCAAGUAACGAAUAACUCAGACUCCGAAAAAUCGUAAUUUUCGAUGGUCCAGAAAUUGUUGGAUUGACGCGAUAAAGAAAUCAGUGUAGGUAAUUCUUAUAGAUUUUUGGGUGCUCAAAACGAGUGUCCUUGUCCUCCAAAUUAGCGUCCAAUAUCGCGUCAGGUUUUAAUAACCUAUGGCCGAAACAUUAGCUUAUGGCUCCUCCAUUUAUAAAAUGCGUUCCAUUUAUAAACAGCUAUCACGCUUGAAACACCAACGAUGAUCUGCCAACAUGUUAACAUUAUAUUUUCCUCGGUGCUUUUGUUCCAUUUGCUUCACGCCUCGAUAGAAUCUUUCUCCUUGUUUCUCACUAACACUCUUCAAGUUUUCAGAAAAAUAACCCAAGUAAGAGUCUAGUGUAAUUUAUAAAAGUAAUACACUAAUAUCAGUAUCAUGAAAUUUGACCAACUCAUACACCGCUAAAAAUGAGCAAAGUAACGCUUUUUGAGACUUCAGUCGUUGACUGAAAACUCUGACACGAUGAGAUAAUUUGCAUUGAGCGUAAAAAAUCUGUCUGCACUGAUUUCUGCAUCGCGUAGAUUCAUGGAUCAUCAAAAGUGACCAAAAUCAUUUUUUUCAGAGUUUGAACCAUUCAUUCAUACUCGAAAACCUCUGACUUGAUAGAGUCACAGAUGAAGGACAGAUCCAUUUUCGGCAUCGAAAGAUCUACAAGAUCCACUUACUGGUUUUUGUAACCCACCUUUGUAGGUCUGUGUAAUUAAACGUUUCCGCUUUAGUUAUAUUCUGAACUUAGUUAAGAGGGAUCUAAAUAUACUCGCGUUGAGAUUAGAAGUCUUGAUUUCUCUACCGAAGAACUUUGUUCGUCGAGAUAAAAUCAUAGUCCAGCCUGGAAACAGGAUUCGCCGAUUUUCCAUUUCACACGAGACUUUCGUUGUAUAAGUGCAAGUAUACAUCCGCAAUGAGAAAGAGAAUGCGUUGCCCUUGCCAGUGAGUCUUCUGAGUUACGCUGAAAGUUACGCUGAGUAUCGUCGCCGAAAGAGAAAAAGCACUUUCCGUUCGCUAUCGGUACGGUUAGAAACACUCUUGAAAUUUGCUGAACCUACAAGUUUGUAACUCCGACAUCACUACGUGUGCGUGCGUUAUGCAGAUGCGUGAGUGUGUAUGAGUGUGUGCGCGUGUACGUGUACGUACGUGUGUGUAAAGUGUGGAAGAAAAGUCUGACUACUUCCUAGAGAAACGAGACGCUAAUGGUCGCGUAACGUAACUAUAAGAAUAGCCGCCGAGGGAUGUUAGCAAACGGCGAUCAUCGAAGACUAUACAUAUGUAACGAUCGUGAGGUUAACUCGAUAAUGUUUAAGGAAAUGGCCGGGGGGAGGGGAGGGGAAGGGGUGAACGUAAACUUAGGGGUAUGUUGUCGAUGGAGUGACAUUUUUUAACGCGAUUAGUAAUAUGUCCUUGACUGUCGAUUAUCGUGCAUCAUCAUAGAGAGACUGCUCGACUCAUAGUGCAAUUUGACUGUAAAUUACGCUAGCUAUGAAAACUACUACACUCUUAGCCAUGUGGUGUAGCGGAUCUUAGGACGACAGUUACUUACACUUAAACGGCGUAUGAACGGCGAUUGAACGUAUCUCACAGAAGAGCCAGCAAUUUCUUUUACGAUAGGUAAUAAUCACAUGGUAGG